UCGCAGCCGCUAGCCGACGUGUUCGUAAUGUUGUUUCUGCAAUGUUUUGUGGUGGGAGAAUGUUAAAAUGCCGUUCGUCACGGUCCCCGACCCGCGGGCCAGUCAAGACUUUCUAAUCGGCGCGAUCAGACUCGAUAAGAUAUAGUUCUCGCCUAUAAAAACAGUAGAAUCGAGUGUUCUGGCCGCUAGUACAAGAUGUCUUUUGAUACCCUAAAGAAGCACCUGACCGUUCACGGUCAAGAGCACCUUAUCAAGUUCUGGCCGGAACUCAGCGAGAAUGAGCGGGAACAACUUUCCGAGGAAAUCAACAAGCUCGACUUGGCCGAAGUCAACCAAAUCUUCAGGCGCUCGGUCGAAGCGAGCAAAGUGAUACAACAGAAGGCUGACGAUGACUUGAAGCCGAUACCCGACUCGCACUACGAGUCCGUGCCCGCCAUGACCAGAGAGAAGGUAGACGAGUACGAGAAAAUCGGAUUCGAAGAAAUUUCUGAUGGUAAAGUUGGAGUAUUGGUACUGGCUGGAGGACAGGCCACUAGACUGGGGUUUGGACAUCCAAAGGGCAUGUACAAUGUCGGCCUCCCGUCCCAGAAGACUCUGUUCCAAAUUCAAGCUGAAAGAAUUCUGCGGCUGCAGCAAAUGGCAGCAGAGAAGACAGGUAAACACGGCAAAAUAACCUGGUACAUCAUGGCUUCUGAACACACCAAGGUACCGACAGCAGAAUUCUUUAAAAAGCAUGACCACUUUGGACUGAAUGAGGAGGAUAUUGUGUACUUUGAGCAGGGUAGAUUGCCGUGUUUUGAUUUUGAUGGGAAAAUCUUUUUGGAUGAAAAAUACCAUUUAUCAUCAGCCCCAGACGGCAAUGGAGGCUUGUACCGUGCCUUGAAGACGCAGGGAGUUCUUGAAGACUUCACCAAACGAGGCGUAGAGCAUCUCCACGCACACUCCGUGGACAAUAUCCUCAUCAAAGUGGCAGAUCCAGUAUUAAUCGGUUACUGUAAAAGUAAGAAUGCGGACUGUGCGGCCAAGGUAGUGCAGAAAUCUUCACCGAGUGAAGCUGUUGGUGUUGUGUGCCGAGUCAACGGGCAUUACAAGGUAGUAGAGUACUCUGAACUGACAGAGGAAGCGUCAGAGCGAAGAAACCCGGAUGGACGGCUGACUUUCUCAGCUGGCAACAUCUGCAAUCACUACUUCUCAGCUGCUUUUCUACGAAAAAUCUGUGGUUACGAGUCCAAACUGAAGCUCCACUUGGCAAACAAGAAGAUACCUUACGUAGAUGACAGUGGUGUCAGACAGAAGCCAACAGAACCCAAUGGUAUAAAGAUAGAGAAGUUCAUUUUUGAUGUAUUUGAAUAUGCUGAAAACUUUGUCUGUUUAGAAGUGGCAAGAGAUGUGGAAUUUUCUGCUAUUAAAAAUGCUGAUGCGGUUAAGAAAGACUGUCCAUCUACCGCCAAGGAGGACUUGCUGCGGUUGCACCGUAAGUACAUCAGGGAGGCGGGAGGCAGUAUCGGAGAUGAUGUGGAGGUGGAGAUAUCUCCACUCCUGUCGUACGGAGGAGAGAAUAUUAAAGACUUAGUCGAAAACAGAGUGUUCACAAAUUCACCAUUCCACUUGAAGAGUUCAAUAGAAUUGCCUGUUCAGAAUGGUGUGAAUGGGAAACAUUGAAUAAUUCCAUGUUAUGUAUAAACUUAUGUAAGUUAUGUACUUGUACAGUUAGCACAAGGGCUAAUUAACUGUUCUUAGUGCAAAUAGUGAGUUUUGACUCAGGUAUAUUAUGUGGUUACCUAAAUCUUUUAUGUGAGUUUUAGAAUACCUCCAGGGUGAAAAUUUAUUGUUGAAUGGGGAAAAAUAUUCAAUGUAUAUUUUUGUAUUUUUUACAGUAUAAAUUUUGUAUAUGUGGUGUCCCAUAGACCUGACCCCUUACGGUCUUACCAUUGGUAACAUUCCAUGUCCUGUGGUGUAAUUAGCUAACAUACAAUUUCUUUGAUUACCUAAUUAUGUAUUUUCCAUUAUAAUCAAUUAAUGGGUUGCGAUCUGAAUGUUUGUUUAUCUCUUCUGCUAACUGUACUAAGGCUAAACACCGUAAAAAGAUAAGAAAGUAUUCUAAAUUUUUUACAUGCUACAGUCAACAUGU